AUGGAAGUUUCAAAACUUUAUUUUGUUGGUGUUAUAUCAUUCUUAUUUAUUUCUUUUGUCAUUGGUGAUAGUCUCAUUAAAUAUGACAUGAAAGGACAUGUUCCAAAUGGUCGAGACUCAGUAGAAUCACUCGCGACACUAAAUAUACCUCAAAAACAAGAUUAUGAUUUCAAUCAUGAAAUCAAAAGACCUGUUCCAAAGGGUCCAAACCCAAGACAAUCACCCCACACACCCAACAAGCCCCCAAGACAGAAUUUUGGUUUCAACUACGAGAUCGACAAACAUAUUUCAGACGGUCCAGAUCCAAUACAAUCACCCCCAACACCAAAUAAGCCUUCAACACAUAAGUUUGGUUUCCACUACCAGAUCGACAGACGUGUUCCAAAGGGUCCAGAUCCAAUACAAUCACCUCCAACACCAAAUAAGCCUCCAACACAUAAGUUUGAUUUCCACUACGUGAUCGAUAGACGUGUUCCAGACGGUCCAGAUCCAAUACAAUCACCCCCAACACCAGAUAAGCCUCCAACACAUAAGUUUGGUUUCCACUACGAGAUCGACAGACGUGUUCCAGAUGGUCCAGACCCAAUACAAUCACUCCCAACACCAGAUAAGCCUCCAACACAAAAGUUUGGCUCCCACUACGAGGUCGACAAACUUGUUCCAAAGGACGGUCCAGAUCCAAUACAAUCACCCCCAUCACCAGAUAAGCCUCAAACACAGAAGUUUGGUUUUCACUACAAGAUCGACAGGCGUGUUCCAGAUGGUCCAGACCCAAUACAAUCACCCCCAACACCAGAUAAGCCUCCAACACAAAAGUUUGGUUCCCACAACGAGGUCGACAGACUUGUUCCAAAGGGUCCAGAUCCAAUACAAUCACCUCCAACACCAGAUAAGCCCCCAAGACAAAAUUUUGGUUUCAACUACGAGAUCGACAGACGUGUUCCAGAUGGUCCAGAUCCAAUACAAUCACCCCCAUCACCAGAUAAGCCUCCAACACAGAAGUUUGGUUUCCACUACGAGAUCGACAGACGUGUUCCAGAUGGUCCAGACCCAAUACAAUCACCCCCAACACUAGAUAAGCCUCCAACACAAAAGUUUGGUUCCCACAACGAGGUCGACAGACUUGUUCCAAAGGGUCCAGAUCCAAUACAAUCACCUCCAACACCAGAUAAGCCCCCAAGACAAAAUUUUGGUUUCAACUACGAGAUCGACAGACGUGUUCCAGAUGGUCCAGAUCCAAUACAAUCACCCCCAUCACCAGAUAAGCCUCCAACACAGAAGUUUGGUUUCCACUACGAGAUCGACAGACGUGUUCCAGAUGGUCCAGACCCAAUACAAUCACCCCCAACACCAGAUAAGCCUCCAACACAAAAGUUUGGUUCCCACUACGAGGUCGACAAACUUGUUCCAAAGGGUCCAGAUCUAAUCACCUCCAACACAGAUGUUUGGUUUCCACUACGAGAUUGA